AUGGGACCCCAGCGAGGAGGGCCCCCUCCACCGUCCAGUUCACCCCUCUAUCCCUUUCCUGGCCUCUGGGCGCCCCCGCAAGGCUUCGUCCCGAAGCAGAACCUCCGGGAGCCAAGCCCACGAGGCCCGUCGCGGGACCCACCCCCCCUUCCUUCUCCCAGCACCUCGUCCUCCACGCACCGGGCCCCCGGGGCUCCUCUUCUUCGUCGUCCUAGCUCGUACCGCCCCCCGUCGGGGACUCCACCCCCAGCCUGCCCCCGCCCGCAGAAAGCCCCCCUCCCCACCGUGCGCUGCCUGCGCCCUCUGCCCCGGCACGGGACUCUCUUUGGCCUCGGUUCCCCGCCCAGAAGCCGCGGCGGCGACGGCGGCAGCAACGGUGGCGGCGGCCCCAGCAGGAGCAGCAGCGGCGGCGGCGGCGGCAGCGGCAGCAGCGCCGCCCGGGCCCCGCCCCGCCGCCCGCCGGAGCCCCACGCCCCGCCCGCCCGCCCCGCCGCCGGACUACUCCCCCCGAAGACCACCACUAACCCCCCCCCACUCCCUGGCCACGAUCCGCUUGAAUCCACCUCCGCGGGGCCUGCUGUCCAUUCCUCACGCCCCUUAUGA